AUGCCGAAAGUCAAACUCAAUGUUCCUCACUUUGUGGACGCUUCUAGCACUACCACUGCCGAAUCACAAACUGGCAGGACUCUCCUUGCUGCCGACAUUCCCAAUCUAUUGACGACAGGACAUUCAACUUAUAGCAUUUCCUUACAUCAUGAGCUCGAGUUUCAAGGAACUCUUGUUCACUGGAGCGACUUUGAAGAGAACGUGGCCCUCACCUUUGAAAAGCUGUUCCCAAAGAAUUUAGAGAAGGCCGCGCACAUUUUGGCAUUCAGACCCAAGGACAAUUCAGAAGGUUUGAAUAAUGUCUACAAUGAGAUGACUUAUGUGGGUGAUGAGCACUCUCUACAGGGUAGAUUCACACAGCAGCUCUUGACUCCAGUCACAUGUGCGCUGCGGAAUCUAAGCUCUAAUAUUCGAUAUGGCGAUUCAAAAUCGAGCACCUGCAAGGAACCCAAUCUCAAACUCCCAGAUUUUGUUGCAAGUACCGGUACUAUUAAAGAAAAUAUUGAGCCACGUGUUGUGGGAGAAGCCAAAGUCUUUUGGGCCCAUCCUUUAGAUAGGUGGAUUGUAUCACGCGGUGGGAUGAAAUUGGACAUCGCUUUCGCCAGCUUUUAG